CACGCUUGCCGUCACCUCCCCUCCCUCCCCUUUAUCUCCCUCUCCCUCUCUCUCUCUAGCCUCUCUCUCUUCCCAGCACUCUCUCUCUACUCCUCACGAGCACGCACACCAUCACCACAAGACCCCAAGGCUAGACAGCUCAGGCUUCUCUCCACUCCCCCCCGUUCCCCAACGCGCUUUCUUCCCCCUUCCCCUCCUCUCGCCGCCGCCGCCUGCAUUCCGUCGAGCAACUCCGAGCGGCGGCCAUGGCGAAGCUCGCGCUGGCGCUGCUGCUGCUCCUGGCCGUGGCGGCCUCGGCGUCGGCCGCGGCGUCCGUCGACCUGGACCUGGGCUUCCUCGCCUCGGGCGGCGGCGCCCGGAGGGAGUGCCGCGGCACGGUGGCCGAGUGCCUGGCCGAGGACGAGGAGGCCGAGCUCGGCUCCGCCUCCGCCGAGUCGCACCGCCGCGCGCUCGCCGGCCGCGGCUACAUCAGCUACGGCGCGCUCCGCCGCGACAACGUGCCCUGCUCCCGCCGCGGCGCCAGCUACUACAACUGCCGCCCCGGCGCGCAGGCCAACCCCUACCACCGCGGCUGCUCCCGCAUCACCCGCUGCCGCGGCUGAGCUCCCGCCGCCGGCCGCCGCCCCCUCCCUCCUCAGGUGCCCUCCGCCGCCGGAUCCGCCUCCGGGAGCGGGGAAAGGCCGGAUCUUUCGCCGCUCCUCCUCCUCCCCCGGCGCCGCCGCCGCCGCCGAGUUCUAAAAAAAUAAGUUCUUUUUUGUUUCUGCUGCUGCUACUGUUGCCUUACAAGUACUAGAGCUAUGGAUUUGUUGGUUGCCGGUGUAUGGAUUUGUGUUGGGUUCGUCGUGCUGUUUGUAAAGUAAGACGUCGAUUGAUUCGUGCCCCUAUGGCUACUUAAAUAUGAACAUAUACUCCUAUUCUUUUGAUUGAUUGCUCGGUUGGUUUCUAGUUUCUA